AUUAUACAUCCAUGGUGUGACCCGGAUGUAGCAUGCUGUGAGCUAAGCAGCUAGCUGUGUCUCCUCUGUCAGCAGGUCUCAGCUGGUGCAGCAUGGAGCGAGUGAGGAGGGUCCUGGUUCACUUCUGUAAGGAUGGAGCGGCUCAACCAGCCCACUUUGUGCAGAGUAUAACGGGUCACUUCAGUGAGGGCGGAGAGGACGAGGUGGAGGUCGGCUGCUCUCUGGAGAGAAACCGGCUCAUUCUUCACCGAGCAGACGCAGGGCGGGGGGUCACUCUGAAGAGGCACGCCUUCUGCCCCAUCAAGCACCUGUCCGUCACGGAGAAUGCUGCGCUCCCAUUGGACGUUCAGCAGCGAGGAGUGGACGUGGGCGUGGCCAUCAUCCUGCAGACAGCCAAUCAGAAGGUGUUGUUGACACGGCGUGCGAAGGAGCUCCGGAUAUUUCCCAACAUCUGGGUUCCUCCAGGAGGCCAUCUCGAGCUGGAUGAGACGCUGCUGGACGCCGGUCUCAGGGAGUUACAGGAGGAAACGGGGCUGAAGCUGGAGCCAGAGGAAGGUUCUCCAAACAUCCUGGGACUCUGGGAGUCGGUGUUUCCCGCCCUUCUCUCCAGAGGUCUUCCUCAGAGACAUCACAUCGUGGUCUACCUGCUGCUGCGCUCGCCCCUCUCUCACCUGGAGCUGCAGGCGUCUCUGAGCCCGUCUCCGGCGGAGGUCAGCGCCUGUCUGUGGGCCGACCGCCAGCUGGUCAGCGCCGUGGUGUCCGACCCGGACGGAGAGAAUCACGACCUGCAGCGCAGCGUCAGUGUGUCUCAGGUCUCUGCAGAUGGCGCUCUGAGCGACUCCUCGCUGCCUCUGGAGGUCUGUGAACACCACAGUCCGUGACUCUGAACAACGUGG